GGACAGGUUGUUUAUAAGAAUAACGACAUCCGUCUGGAGCUGUCUCGCUUGGCAAGGAUCAGUGACACCAAGAUGAAGAUCUACGGGGAGGUGAAAUUCACAUGUGAGAAUGUGGCCACGCUGGAUCCCAUCAGCUUUGAGACGCCAGAGGCCUAUAUCAGUCUGCCUAAGUGGAAUACCAAGCGGAUGGGCUCCAUUUCCUUCGACUUCCGCACCACUGAGCCCAAUGGCCUGAUCCUCUUUACCCAUGGCAAGCCCCAGGAGAGGAAGGAUGCCAGGAGCCAAAAGAACACCAAGGUAGACUUCUUUGCAGUUGAGCUGCUAGAUGGGAACCUCUACUUGCUGCUUGAUAUGGGUUCCGGCACCAUCAAGGUGAAAGCCACCCAGAAGAAAGCCAAUGAUGGAGAAUGGUAUCAUGUGGAUAUCCAGCGAGAUGGCAGAUCAGGUACCAUAUCAGUGAACAGCAGGCGCACCCCAUUCACUGCCAGUGGGGAGAGUGAAAUCUUGGACUUGGAAGGGGACAUGUACCUAGGUGGGCUACCUGAGAACCGGGCAGGCCUCAUCCUCCCCACAGAGCUCUGGACGGCCAUGCUGAACUAUGGUUAUGUAGGCUGCAUCCGGGAUCUGUUCAUCGAUGGACGGAGCAAGAACAUCCGGCAGCUGGCGGAGGUGCAGAACGCUGCCGGGGUCAAAUCCUCCUGCACCCGGCUCAGCACCAAACAGUGCGACAGUUACCCAUGUAAGAACAAUGCUCUCUGCAAGGAUGGCUGGAACCGCUUCAUCUGCGACUGCACUGGCACUGGCUACUGGGGCAAAACAUGUGAGCGGGAGGCUUCCAUCUUGAGCUACGAUGGCAGCAUGUAUAUGAAGAUCAUCAUGCCCAUGGUCAUGCACACAGAGGCAGAAGAUGUGUCUUUCCGCUUCAUGUCCCAGCGUGCCUAUGGGCUGUUAAUGGCCACCACUUCACGGGAUUCUGCUGACACCCUUCGCCUGGAGCUAGAUGGAGGGCGUGUCAAACUCAUGGUCAAUUUAGACUGUAUCAGGAUAAACUGUAACGCCAGCAAAGGACCGGAAACUCUGUAUGCUGGGCAGAAACUUAAUGACAACGAGUGGCACACAGUCCGGGUGGUGCGGCGAGGAAAGAGCCUCAAACUGACAGUCGAUGAUGACGUAGCUGAGGGUACAAUGGUUGGCGACCACACCCGCUUGGAGUUCCACAACAUUGAAACGGGGAUCAUGACGGAGAAGCGGUACAUCUCUGUCAUUCCCUCUAGCUUCAUCGGCCACCUCCAGAGUCUCAUGUUUAAUGGGCUGCUCUACAUUGACCUGUGCAAGAACGGUGACAUUGACUACUGUGAGCUGAAAGCACGCUUUGGCCUCCGCAACAUCAUCGCUGACCCAGUCACCUUCAAGACCAAGAGCAGUUACCUGAGUCUGGCCACCUUGCAGGCCUACACCUCCAUGCACCUUUUCUUCCAGUUCAAGACCACCUCAGCCGAUGGCUUCAUCCUCUUCAACAGCGGUGAUGGCAGCGAUUUCAUCGCAGUCGAGCUAGUGAAGGGGUAUAUACACUACGUGUUUGACCUGGGGAACGGUCCUAAUGUCAUCAAGGGCAACAGUGAUCGGCCUCUCAAUGACAACCAGUGGCACAAUGUGGUCAUCACCCGAGACAACAGUAACACCCACAGCUUAAAAGUGGACACCAGGGUUGUUACUCAGGUUAUCAACGGUGCCAAAAACCUUGACCUUAAAGGUGAUCUCUACAUUGCUGGCCUGGCUCAAGGCAUGUACAGCAACGUCCCGAAGCUAGUGGCUUCACGUGAUGGGUUUCAGGGCUGCCUAGCAUCAGUGGACUUGAAUGGGCGCCUGCCCGAUCUAAUCAAUGACGCUCUCCACCGCAGUGGGCAAAUUGAGCGCGGAUGUGAAGUUGAGUUGACCAAAGCUGACCUGCAAGGACCGAGCACCACCUGCCAAGAAGAUUCCUGUGCAAAUCAGGGCAUCUGUAAUCAGCAAUGGGAAGGUUUUACCUGCGACUGUUCCAUGACUUCAUACUCUGGGAGCCAGUGCAAUGACCCUGGUGCCACAUAUAUCUUUGGGAAGAGUGGAGGCCUCAUCCUGUACACCUGGCCAGCAAAUGACAGACCCAGCACGAGGACAGAUCGUCUUGCUGUAGGCUUCAGCACGACUGUGAAGGAUGGCAUCCUGGUUCGGAUUGACAGUGCUCCUGGGCUUGGCGACUUUCUGCAGCUUCACAUAGAGCAAGGCAAGAUUGGCGUGGUCUUCAAUAUUGGCACAGUGGAUAUUUCUAUCAAAGAGGAGAGCACCCCAGUGAAUGAUGGCAAAUAUCAUGUGGUGCGCUUUACUAGGAAUGGCGGGAAUGCCACACUUCAGGUGGACAGCUGGCCAGUGAACGAACACUACCCUUCAGGCAACACUGAUAAUGAACGGUUCCAAAUGGUAAAACAGAAAAUCCCCUUCAAAUAUAACCGGCCCGUAGAAGAGUGGCUGCAGGAAAAAGAUGAUGCAACACCGCAUCACCACUUGACUUCAAGACCCGUCACGACGACCACCAAAAUUGGACGACAGUUAACGAUCUUCAACACCCAGGCGCAAAUAGCCAUUGGAGGGAAGGACAGAGGGCGUCCCUUCCAAGGCCAGCUCUCCGGUCUCUAUUACAAUGGCUUGAAAGUGCUGAAUAUGGCAGCAGAGAACAACCCCAAUAUUAAAAUCAACGGAAGUGUCCGGCUGGUUGGAGAAGUCCCGUCCAUCCUUGGAACAACACCCACAACCUCCAUGCCACCAGAAAUGUCUACCACAGUCAUGGAAACCACCACAACCAUGGCCACCACAACUACCCGAAAAAACCGCUCCCCACCCAGCAUCCAGACCACUGAUGACAUUGUUUCAUCAGCUGAAUGUUCCAGCGAUGACGAAGACCUCAUUGAAUGUGAGCCGAGCACAGAUAAGAGUCUUUCCACUUCAGUCUUCGAAGGUGGCUACAAAGCACAUGCACCUAAGUGGGAAUCCAAGGACUUUAGACCUAACAAAGUCUCCGAAACUGGUAGGACUACUACCACGGCUUUGUCCCCUGAGCUGAUCCGCUCCACAGCUUCGUCCUCGACUGGGAUGGUGCCCAAAUUGCCCGCUGGCAAAAUGAAUAACCGUGAGCUCAAACCCCAGCCUGACAUAGUCUUGCUUCCGUUGCCCACUGCCUAUGAGCUAGACAGCACAAAGCUGAAGAGCCCGCUAAUAACUUCCCCCAUGUUCCGUAAUGUGCCCACAGCAAACCCCACGGAGCCAGGAAUCAGACGGGUUCCGGGGGCCUCAGAGGUGGUCCGUGAGUCGAGCAGCACAACGGGGAUGGUCGUCGGUAUUGUGGCUGCUGCCGCCCUCUGCAUCCUGAUCCUCCUGUACGCCAUGUACAAGUACAGGAACAGGGACGAGGGGUCCUAUCAGGUGGAUGAGACGCGGAAUUACAUCAGCAACUCAGCCCAGAGCAAUGGCACGCUCGUGAAGGAGAAGCAGCAGAGCACAAAGAGCGGCCACAAGAAACAGAAAAACAAGGACAAAGAGUAUUAUGUGUAAAAAUAUACUUAUUUAUAUAUAAAUAUAUAUAUACUUAAUGAGAUUUAACUGAAAUAUCAGAGCCGUUACAGCUAACGAGAUUGGGAGCUACAGUUUGUGGGAAAAAAAAUUGGGAAAAAAAAUCAGCUGUGACUGUUAACGUCUCAGUCAUCGCUUGGAGUCAGCAAACUCUGCCCUACUGUAUUAUAAAGCACACUUAGCGUUCUGGAGAUGGCACACGCAGCUCUACCAUGCUGACGGACUUGGAAGUCUCCACAUCUCCUCUUCGCUGAACUUUCCGCAAAAGGUAGAAGAUUUCAUGGCUUACUUGUUUCAUAUCUCCAAGUGAGUCUUAAUGAUGUUCGUGAUCUUUGACUGUAUCGAUCAUUUUUCAGUUUACUUAUUAAAAAAAAGAAAGAAAGAAAAAGAAAAAAUGCAUAAACAUUUUAAACAAACAAACAAAAAAAUCAAACAAACUGAUCUGGCCGUGUCCAGCAUACGUAUAAUUUUUCGAGAUCUGAGGGAGGGGCGGGGAAUAAAUGGUUUUGGGGCUUGUUGGUUUUUGUUUGGUUUUGUUUGGUUUUCUUUUUGGGGGGUGGGGGAUGUGAAGGGGAGAAGAGAAUGGAUCAGGACAUGAGUCAAGAAGAAAUCUGGGGGGGGGGGGGACCCACCUAAUAAAUAAAGAGAGACUAUUGCCAUAUAUGAACUCAAAAGCUACCCAUGGUGUUCACUCUACAUAUCUGGUUGUGUGGUCUCUAGAAUCCGUUGUCUACAGUAAGUUAUUUGCUAAUAGCACAGUGAAAGUGUGUAAUGGGUGAUAAUGAAGAUGAUUCUUAUGGAAAACUGGUCCCCCUUAGAUUUGGCUCCAGUAUUUGCAACUGAACUCAUGAAUAGAUAGGAUUCAGUCUGGUUUGAUUGGGGUCAUUGGCUUUAUUUGACAAUAUCAUUGAGUGUGCAUUAACACAGCCAAACUAUGGCUAAAGAAGGGGGGAGGAGGGGAAGCAAAACAAAACUGGUCAGCCAUUCUGAGCUAGAUAUACGAUGCUAAACUAAGGGAGCCUUUUCUUUGGGUUCUGGUUCUGUGACUGAUUACAAUGCAUGCAAAAAAAUUAAUAAUAAAUCAGUUGAAUAAAGAGGUCAGAAAGACAAUAUUGGAGUUCAACCUUUGACAAGAACCAUAAACGUCACAGAAGCCAAACACAUGCUGCGAACAAGUGCAAAAUUCAUAGGGUUUUUUUUGACAUGAAGAUGUUUUUCAUAUGUAAUAUUUUAAUUUUGUAGCUUGACAUUUCUGACUAUCUCUGUCUCUCCAUUUGCCCUAUUCAACCUUUACUCUCUCUUUUAUAUAAAAGAAAAGAAAUGAAUAAAGCUGCUGUGACACAAAAAAUAAUAAAAGGAGUUAAUAAUAGUAUUAUAUAUAUAAAUAUAUAUAUAUAUAUAUAUACAGAUAUAUUUAUCACCAUAUGUUUGAUGGGACGACUGGAACAGAAACUCUGUCAAGGUGUUUACAUGGAAUGAGAAUGUUGUUUUAGAAGAAAAACAUUUUAAUAAUACCAACAAAAAGCAAACCAUAAAAAUGUGAAGAGUGUGUGUUUUAGCUUUGUCACAGUUACCUGUGUCAAAAGGAUAAAAAAAAAAUUCUCAGAUUUUGUUUACAUAUUUUACUACUUUUUUUGCUAGUGUAAUUUCUAGAGUACCCUGAUGUAUAUAAUGUUUUAUGGUUAAACUGGGAUUUUUUUUGUUUGUUUUUAGUUGAUUUAAUUAAUCUUGGUUGUUUGGUUUUUAUUUUUCCCCAAUUAUGUGAAAGGGAGUAACUUACUGUACAGAACAAUAACCAACUGGUUUCAUGGCCAUGACUGUCAUGUGCAAAAAAAGCAAAAGAGGGGGAGAGAGGCAAAAAGAAAAACAAACACAAAAUGAAUUGAGGACUCUGGAGUAUCACAAAUGUACAAUUUCUCUGUGUACAGAUGAAAACUAAUCAGCUGUUUAGAUUUAGAAAUCUACUCUUGCUGGUGUUUAUAAUUCGCAUGAAUAUUUGACUUUGAAGAAAAGUGUCAUCAAAUGCACACACGCACAUGGGAACAAAAUAAAAAGCAGCCUUCUCAAAUGUUUAGAGAAGAGGCUUUCGCAGUUAACAGCUCUUUCAGUGUGUGUGUGUGUGUGUGUGUGUGUGUGAGGUUGUUUUUUGGGUGGUUUAUUUUUUGUUUUGUUUUGAUUUGUUUUUAAAUACUAAAAAAGAAAAAAAGACAAGUUUUAAAAAGGUAUGAAAGCACGAUUUUAGACAACUUAACUGGCCGAACCUAUCUGAAGUUGAUUAUUUCUCAGUGUCUGUAAAAGAUUGCUGUUCUUGGAGUCUUGUGAAAUGAUUUCUUGCUUUCUUUCUUUCUUUCUUUCUUUCUUUUUUUACCCUCCCCCUCCUUUUUUUAAAGAAAAAAAUCCCACGUUCUUUUCUGUUACUUUUUUUUGUGUAAGUUUCUAUUCGACAGUUUUUUGGGAACAUGUGCAUUUCUGUAUGUGGGCUUCUACCAUACUCCUGUUGUUUUAUGCAGAACCUCAAGGAUAUUCAUUUGAAUUAUUGUGACGUUACUGCUUUUUUCCCCCUUCUUUCUUUCUUUUCUUCUUUUCUUAUUUGCAUUUUCGUUCAAGGAUAUGCUUAGCAAUAAAAUGUUCUUCCCAAA